AUGAUGGGACCCCCGCGGAAAAUGCCGUCCCGGUCUUCGGCGUCUAAGAUUCUUUGCUCUGACAAGGCCGAGCGGAGCUCUAGCGCACCGCCUAGUUAGUUCUCAUGACUGUAUAAAGCUUCCCUAACUAACUUACGACUUGAGAUUGCUAAUUAGUCAAAACAUAACGAUUCGAAUAAUGCAUUCGACUUGCCUUUUUUUAAUGUUGAAAUUAUUGCAGAAAGCUUUCAAAGAACUUGUUGUGGCCAGUCUAUGGAAACUCGACAACAACUUCCAAUAAAGCAGUUUGAUAUCCAAGAAAUUCUUUUUUAACUCGUUUUCCUUCAGAAAGAACGUUCGGAGCAUCAGAUUACCAUCUGGAAAAAAAAGCGUAUUGGAAAAUAUCGAUUGACAACUGGAAGAAUUGGAUUGAGGUUUCAAAGAUUUUAUUUUCGAAAAAUUUUACAAUGAGGAAUAAAAGGCAUGACCUUAUUAACACUGAAUUAAAGCCAGAAAAAUCUUGAUCCGAUAUCAUAGGCAAAGUCGGAAAGGGUUGAAAAAAGAUCCAUAGAAAUGUUUCUUUUAGGGUGACAAAGGCUCAUUUUUUGCUGUCUUUUUGCUCCAUUCAUCCGCUCUUUUGUGCACCACCCAUAACGGAGGCUCAAAGGGCCCGUAUAGUCUGUUCAGAUUUGAAUGUCAAGUCGUCGCUCAAGCUCCGCCCAUUAUGGUGCAAUGAACCAAUCAGAUCGAGCCAUCCACAGAGUGUUUUUGAAUGACGUCAUUGCACUUUACAUUAAAAAUCUGAACAGACUAUAAAGGGUCCUUCCGACUUUUCCUAUGAAGAUAUAUAAACAUUUAAAAAAAAUGUGGUUGUUAGAAAGUCUCGCGCCAGACUCGGCUGUUUUAUUUAGUUUUUACAAAUUUUAAUAGCAAUCGUGAUAAAUAAUCCAUCAUGAUUUGAGGCCGCAGACAUUCUGGCGACGGAAAAAAUAAUUUAACUCCAAAAGAAGCUAUUUUUGAUUCAAAUUUUGUAUUUAUAUCCUCUUUACUGCAUUUUAAAGUCGUUCAGUUUUGAAAAUUCAGUAAACCGCGUUGUCAAGAAAUCCGACAAUCAAAGUCGCACCAUCGUCUUCAAGUUCUUGGCGGACGGAGUUCGAUCAACUCCGAUGCCGGCUAAACAAUACCAGGUUCCAGCCCAAUGCUCUUAA